CCAAUUAAACAAUUACUUUAUUUUUCCACAACAACGUUUCGCAUUACAUGCAAUCCAUCAAUAAACCCCCAGUUUAGUUCGAGUUUCAGCUGAAUCAAGUGCUUAGUUGAAAUGGCGCACUAUUCGGCCGUAGUGUUGACUCUGAACAACGUGUUUAUUCUGUUCCCGCCAGUCAAAGGCAGCAGUUCACGUUGUUUCGCACUGUUCCGGUGCUUUUCCUGGCUAUUUCUAGCUUUUGCCGCCAUAACGGGUGGCCCAAUGUCCAUCAUCAUCAAGGACCAAGUUUUUAGCAAUGUGGCCACUAUUCAUAAGGUCAUCUACGAUGUAUCGGCCAUGCUGCUCUUCAUUACCAACAUUUAUUUAUCGGGUGUUUCCAUUCUGAGGCAUCGCAAACUUUCGCAGCUACUGGAAGACGUUCUGGUAGACAUCAGCAAUGGAUCCACGUUUCUGAUCAAUUUUGCUGCCUUCAUCCUCAUCCACCUGGUCAACACCUUGUUCAUCCUGGUAACCCAGCUGGAAAGAACUGACAACAUCUGGUACCAGAUGACUAUUCUCUUUGUUGAUGGCUACAUGACCUUUCGGGUGAUCACCGGGCUCUUCAUCAUUUUUCUCAUCAUCAAUGAUGCGAAGAACAAAUUGGCCGAGUUGAAUGAGAAAUUGCUUAGAUCCACCACUGCCACCUCCAUCCGGCAUUGGCGUUACCGUCACAACAAUCUUUGCGAUCAUCUGCACAACAUCAAUAGUCUUUUCGGCGUUGUUCUGCUGCUGAUCAUCUUCUACUUCAUCACGACGUUUCUACGGCAUGCCGUAUUCAUCAGUGUCCAUUCUGAGGCCAAUCUGGUGGUGGCAGUGCGAUGUCUAUGGAUUAUCUCUUAUGGGUUUCAAGCAAUCUACUUGGGGUAUAUGGGUGAGCAAAUAGUGAAGGAAUCGCAAAAAACCGUCGCCAUUGGCUACAAGCAAAUCUGCCAGUGGUCCCGCUUGAAGAUUCCCGACCAAUCGAGCGAGAUCUUCCUGCUGACGCAGCAGGCCUUCAACCGGAUCACCCGAAUAUCGGCGGCCGGAUUCUUCAACGUCGAUAACUCCAUGAUUCUCUUCAUCUUGACGACGUUCUUCACAUAUUUCAUUGUAGUCACUCAGCUGAUGGCCGGAGGAAGAAAACCUACAUAGUUUAAUAAAUUUCUAUUUACAAGCCAUUGUAUGUAUUAAAAAGCGAUAUAGCUUCA